AUUCAUGGCGAAAUUGACAGCAGCCAUAGCUUUCGUAGCGGUCCCACGAACACAAUCCAUCCGCGGUCUCGUUGACCACCUCGGACUUUUGAACAGCCGCGGCGCGAAUGCGUCAUGGAGGACGAAGCCAGAGUAGGGAGGGUGUACAUAUUGUCCUGUGCUGCAGUGUUGUUGAAGCCAACCAAAACAUUGCCUCAUGCAGUGCGCAGUACACAAGCCGACUCUCGCAAACCUGUUUUCACAACCCUUUUUUUUUUCUUCGUCUUCAUUCGCAUACUUCCGAAGCCAUGGCGGCGAAAUCUCUUCCCGCUCUGCUGCUCGUCCUCGUCCUCACAAGCAGCUCAGCAUUCCUGAGCCGCGCACGCCGGCUGCCCUCCGUGCAGAACGACCAGGAAGGAACGACGGACGUAGAUCCUGCACCAGCGGCAAGUGUUACUCCGCAUGUGAGCGCUGCGCCUGCCGCCAAUCGCGGCGGCAAUGUCGCAAAAUGCGUCGCGGCGGGGUUGAGCGAGCUCUCCAGCUUCCACGGCGCGUCUAGUCGUGGCGUUUUCUCAACGCGAAGCAUCUUAAUGGCGCCCGGAGCGGACGAGUGCAUUGCCUUCUCGCCUCAAGACAAAGCGGACUCCCUAAAACGCCUCAGCGACUCGAUCCCUAGUCCGAGGUUUGCCGUCGAGUCGCUCACCUCGUAUCGCCUCCUGAACAGCAUCUACAAACCCGCAAAUCACGCUCUGGUCGCCAUCGGCUCUGUCCAGCCCUCCGCGCCUGGCGUUGUAUCUGGAAGUGACAAAAUCGGGGGGAGGUUCCUCACUUUUUGGGACCAGAUUUGGCCGGCAGAGGAUGCGUAUAACGGGGAUUGCUCCAAAUGGGGUCUCAGCUGGCUGAUGUGGCAAACACGCGACGUUAGUCCCAUCGCGAAAAGAGUUCCGUUCACUGCGAACAUUUUGGCAGAUUCCUCCGUCUCUCCUGACGUCGGAACCUCAGCGUCGGCGUCAGGACAACCUGCAGCAGAAGCGGCGGACGACACUCCGGAGGUUCUCAGAAUGGACGACGACUUCGGACACCUGGAUGACGUCAAAUCGGCGCAGAACAGCAACGAGGAAGCCACUAACGGGGACUCCGAGGCGCAGCGCGAGAAGCCAGCGUCAGAGUCGUUAAAGGAGAAGGUGACUCCGGGUGAAGGGGAGGAGCUGCAGCAACUGGACGUCAUUUUCAACGUCCAGACGGCGUGGAGCGCGUUCGUGUCGGCUCUCGCGGCUGAUGAUUUGGCGUCGGCCUCGUCGACUCUGUUCGGUCCUGACGCCGUGACGCUCAUGGCUCCUGGUGCUGACAGCGUGACUCUCGCGACGGAACAAGAGAAAAUGGACCUGCUCAAGGAAUUGAAGGCAUCACACCUAUCCCUGUCGGUGAUGGUGGAAGAAGUCGCGCUGCUGCAAGAAAGCGAAUCUACGCGGAAUUCUGGAUUGAAAUAUGGUGCACUCGUGCGAUCGACAUACAGCAUCGCUGAUGCCCAAGGUGUAGAUGUGGAGCACGGAAAGAGAGUGGAACUAUGGCGGCCUAGUACUAACGGGGGAGGGUGGCACCUGUCUUGGUCUAUGUGGAACGAUAACGGCCAUGUGCUGACAAGGGAGGAGGUCAUGGCUGCCUAUGAGAACGAUAAGUUCGCUCCACACGAUCACCAAGAAGUGUUCUCUAAUCUGUAGCUACUUAGAAGAUGCUUCUAAUGGUUGAAAUCCAAUAAAUAUUGUUAUGAAUUAUAACUCAUAAUAAUUCAUAACAAUAUUAUAAAUAUGCAAAGAUCCUUGGUUAAGUCUUGAAGUAUCGCAAGGCUGUAACACUAACUCUGGUGUUACAACUUGAUAAUACUGGCUGUUAUUGGAGGUACUUUUAGUAUUACUUUCUAUU